AUGAAUACCUCAUUUAAGAAUCUUCUUUCGAUUGGUCUGCUUGCCUGUCUCACUGCUAUGGACUUAGCAGUUGCAGUCAAUCUAUCGGAUCACACUCAAGACCUGUUUGAUGAGUCGAUGAACUUUCUGGACAAGAUUUAUGAUCCUAUUGCUGGCUAUCUUUACUUUUUUUACUUCCCGCUUGCCGCAGGCAAGCAUGAAACCCGCUCCUCCGUCUGGUACGCAACAGGCCUGCUUCAGCGCAAUGAAGGAGACGACGUGAAAGAGGCCGUCAAGAUCAUUAAAAACGUCAUCGCGGGCCAGAAAAAAGUACCACGCGAACAAUGGUAUGGAGACUAUACUGUAUAUCCUGAGGAACCAACUGUGGGAUCCUCAGCAUACCCCAAGCACAUCUUCAACUCCUGGGACCCAAAUUGGCGAGGGUUCAUCGGCAGCAAUCUCAUCGUUAUAUAUGAGGAGUUCAGGCACCUGAUUUCCGAAGAUGUUCAGAUGCUCAUCCUCGAGAGCAUGCGGAACAAUACUGUUGGCGAUAGUUAUCGCGUCGGGGGCGUGGAUGAUGAUGUCUUGUACCCUUCUUACAGCAACCCAGCUCUUAUGAGGGCUGUUGCUACUGGAUGGACCGGCCGUAUGCUCAACGACUCUAAUAUGACCGCAGCUGGAGAACUGUACGCUCGAGAAAUUUUGGACCUUUUCGACCGCAACGACACGCUUUCUGAGUUCAACAGUCCAAACUACGCAGGGGUCAGUCUCUACGCGCUGACAAUAUGGGCCAAGUACAUGCCUGAAUCGUCUCUCAUGGGCCAGAACGGGGCACGCAUGAUUGAGGCAGUGUGGGAAACAAUUGGAAACAUGUACAACGCUAACCUUCGCAACAUCGCGGGUCCAUGGGAUAGAGCCUACGGGUUUGAUAUGAAUCAAUACGUCGCCAUCCUCAACAUAUACAUUUGGUCCCUCGUCGGCAAAUCCCAGGCGCCGGGUAUUGGUCAGACCUGGAGCAUGGCCCAUGCUGACGAUUUUGAGUACGCGCCGCUCAUCUCUGUUCUGGCUCCAUAUCACGACGCACUCGUGCCAAAGUCGGUCAUUCAAAAACUCGUGUCGUUUCCUGGGGAUCAUAUGUACGAGACCACGGCAAUUUCCCCUCCUCACGACUUGGCGCCUCGCAACGUUACAGCAUGGCUUUCUCACAAUGUCACCAUUGGCGCUGAGUCAUACUACGAGGAUACUCUUGGUGGUCCCCGACAAGACUCUUUGCAGUGGUCGCCUGCUGCAGUUCAAUGGGCACGAGAUGACGGCAGCAUCGGAUACGUAGUCCUCCACGGGACUGAACAAGCGAUGGAAGUGAAGGUUGAUCCGGGGCAGUUGACAUUGACUUACCCACGCGGCAACGUUUCAAGCAUCUUUACAUUCAUGGUCAGCUCCAACCCCAUUGGCGGCAAACGUGAUAUUCAAGGAUUUGGGGAUUUGGACGGUAUCAAUAUUACCACCAGUGGAUCAGUUCUGCCAGAUCCUGAGAUCAGUUUCUGUGGGCUCGUGGGCGGUACGUGCUCCAUCAUCCAGUAA